AUGAGUGGAUACACUGUUAUAAUUGCAUUUAUUAUCACCGCUGCUUUAUCCACACUAGCUUGGAUAUUUGCUCCAAAAGAGAACACAACUGUUUGGAGAUCGUCAGUUAUAUUGGGGUUAUCAAUGUGCUACUUAAUGUGGGCGAUCACCUUCCUCAGUCAAUUACAUCCAUUAGAGGCUCCUAGAAGAUCGGAUUUAAGGCCUGAGAAAUAG